AUGUAGAAUGAAAUUUCUAUAGUUAGUUUAAGAGAAAAAUGCAAUGGAGAUGAAGAAUAAAAGAAUUUUGAAAGUAAGAGUUAAAGAAAUAGGAGAAAUGAAGAUAAUAAAAUGAAUAAAAAUGAGAUGUAAUAUAAGAUAAAUAAAAUCUAUAUGGAAUUGAUACAAAAAAAUUGAU